AUGGACACCAACUGCACAGACUGCACGCCAGGAUCAUCCAACAGCGCGGGCAAAGCGUCACCGUCUGCGAACCCCGCUUCAUCAGUCUCGAGGCCGGACGACCCCGCCCUGUUCGACUCGUCCACCUUCGAGCCGCCAGAGCUCGGCAGCAGCGAGGGAGAGACCCCCAGACUGUGCAUCGAGUUCUGCGACCGCUGCAGGUGGCUUCACAGAGCAACAUGGACUCAGACUGAGCUCUUCCUGACCUUCCCACCCUCUACCCACUCGUCGACCGGCCUCCGCUCCAUUUCGCUUGUCCCUCGCAACGCUCCCGAGACGGGCGGUCGCUUUCGAGUCUGGCUGUUGCGGGAUACGGCUCAGCGAGACGCGCAAGGGAAGGAGAAGGAGAAGUGGAGAGGCUGGGAGCUCGUUUGGGAUCGAAAGAUUGAGGGAGGCUUCCCUGAGAUGAAGGAACUCAAGCAACGCAUCCGCAACCUUAUCGCCCCGUCACAAGACCUGGGUCACAGCGACAAGCCCGCCAAAUCCUCCAAUCCCGUUUCCUCCUCUCCCUCCGUCGACGCCCCUCCUCCAGCCAACACAGCCGCCGAGUCCGUCUCGAAAGGUCCAGCAGGAGACGUAGCGGACGAUGCGGAGGGUGUGACGCUUGGAGCGCAAGGAGGUGCGGCGCCGCCGGCGGAGGAGGAGGGGAUGCGGCCUUUGACGAAGGCGGAUUUCGAGCCUCGAUUUCGGUGCGCGUGA